AUGGACGGCCUACAACAACGUCUGGAUGCUCUACCCGCAGAGCUCCACGCCCAAAUCUACGAUCUCACCUUCACCGCCGGGCCGGCCGUGUACGCAGUCAACGCGCAUUACCGUCCGCCGGCCAAUAUGCAAGUGAGCCAUGCCACCAGGGGCAAGGUGGCACCGGAAUACUAUGCGCGCACUCAAUUCCACUGCACUGACCACCUCGAGUGCUUGCAAUGGCUGCUCUCUCUCCCGCCUGCUCACGUGCAGAUGCUGCGCGAGGUGCACUGCGAGUCCGUGGCUUGCUCAUGGAUCCUCGAUCUCUUCGAAUACGAAGUCAAGGUGCAGUCUUCCUACCUUCUGUACCAUCUCCAUCUGCGCGGAAUCAAGCUGCCCGACUCGAUCUUGUGCUUCCAGGUCAGUAAGAAGGACAAGAUGUACGCCGAUUACCACUGGAAGCGGUAUCUCUGA